AUAUCAAGUUAUGGAAAAGAUAUUAAAUGGUAGCCGUGACAUCGCUGACAUGGCUGGCCUCCUUAUCCCACCGAGAGACCAGAGUUGAGUUCAGCUCCUUACCCUCUUUGCUAUAUUUCCGACAACCUCAACCCAAACCUGCGACUUCAUCAAUAGUUCAGAUAUUUUCAAUCUCUCCAUUUUACUUAACACAUGGAGUUACGCUCUGCAAUUCUCCAAUCUUCUGCUUCACUUCCACCAAGGUUUCACGCUCUUAAACCCACCGCAGAUUUAGCUUCUCCCUUCUCCUUCUUCGUUACAAAUUCACUUCCCCUUCCAACCAUCACUUUUACUUCCAAAGAUCAGCAGCAUUCCUUUCCAGCUACUGCUUGUGACUCAAGGGCAAUGCAGAAUUGUGUUGGCGAAGGAUUGUCGUGCACUGGUGCCUCUAGUGGUGCUUGCUCUUGUGAUGAUCCUAGUGGAAGUGAUGGUUAUGAUGGCACAAGGUUCUUGGAUAACUACCAAAUGAUCAUUAGAAAUUGUGACAAGCUAAUUGAGGCUUUCAUGAUGGACGAGACUGAUUGGAGAAGGUUGUUAGUUUUCAACAGGAAGUGGAGCAAUAUUAGGCCCCAUUUCUUUAGACAUUGUAAGGAUAGAGCAGACACUGAAGACAAUCCACUGAUGAAGAACAAGCUGCUAUGGCUUGGAAAGAAGCUUAAGGCGAUAGAUGAAGAUUUACGGAGAUACAGUGAACUUAUUGAAAUGAUCAAAGGGAAUCCAUCUGAAAUUUAUGAAAUUGUCUCCAGGAAUCGUAAAGACUUCACAGAAGAAUUCUUUAUGCAUCUCCAUACAGUUGCUGAAUUUUAUGAUGACAAUCCCAAAGCACAAAAUGAUUGGGUAAAGCUUCAGAACACAUGCUUGGAUGCUGUAAAAGUCUAUGACGCUGCCUCUGAAAGCAUUGAAGUACUAAAUGCUGCGGGGUUGAACUUCCAAGAGAUUAUCAAUUCUCCCCUGGAUUCCUCCUGCUCGAGGAUAGAGAAUUUGGCUGAGAAAAGUCAAUGCUUCAAUCCAAAAUUAGUUGCUCAUUGGCUGCGAUUGUGUUACGAUGUGGAAGAGUUAGGAAGAGUACAUGCAAUUGUCUUGAAAUGUUUUCGACAUUCAGUUACUUAUGUUGAUAAUAAUUUGAUUUGUAGUUAUUUGAGAUUGGGCAAGCUAGCUCAGGCUCGUAGAGUGUUUGAUAGAAUGCCAAGAAGGAAUACGGUUACAUGGACUGCUAUUAUUGAUGGGUACUUAAAAUUUAACUUGGAUGAUGAAGCUUUUAAAUUAUUUCAAGAUUCUGUUAAAUAUGGGGUUCCAGCAAACAGUAAGAUGUUUGUCUGUAUCAUGAAUUUAUGCAGUAGAAGAGUGGAUUUAGAUCUGGGGAAACAAAUCCAUGCUCAUAUUUUGAAAAGCAGCUGGAGGAAUUUAAUUGUUGAUAAUGCAGUUAUUCAUUUUUAUGCAAAAUGUAGCAAUAUAUCAAGUGCAUUUCGAACAUUUGAUCGUAUGACACAGAGAGAUGUGGUAUGUUGGACAACUAUGAUUACUGCUUGUUCCCAGCAAGGGCUUGGACAUGAAGCUAUGUUGAUAUUGUCACAAAUGCUUGGUCAUGGGUUCUCUCCCAAUGAAUAUACUGUGUGUGGUGCACUAAAGGCAUGUGGAGAGAAUAAAGCUUUGAAAUUUGGGACCCAGCUUCAUGGUGCAAUAAUAAAGAAAAUCUGCAAGAGUGAUGUUUUUGUAGGAACUUCCCUAGUUGAUAUGUAUGCAAAAUGUGGGAUGAUGGUGAAUUCUAAAGAAGUGUUUGACAGAAUGAGGGGUAGAAAUACAGCUACUUGGACAUCCAUUAUAUCAGGAUAUGCUCGAAAUGGGUUUGGGGAAGAGGCCAUAAGCUUCUUUCGAUUAAUGAAGAAGAAAAAAAUACAUGUUAAUAAAUUUACAAUUUUGAGUGUCAUGAUGGCUUGUGGCACAAUUAAGUCUUUGCUAAUUGGAAGAGAAGUUCAUGCACAUAUAAUCAAGACUAUUAUUCAUUCUAACAUAUACAUAGAAAGCACUUUGGUGUGGUUCUAUUGCAAAUGUAAAGAAUACUCUCAUGCUUUCAAGGUGCUCCAACAUAUGCGUUUUAGGGAUGUUGUUUCAUGGACUGCCAUUAUCUCUGGGUGUGCCAAACUUGGACUUGAACAAGAGGCUCUAGAAUUUUUGCAAGAAAUGAUGGAGGAAGGUGUGUUUCCUAAUUCCUAUACUUACUCAUCCGCUCUGAAAGCGUGUGCCAAACUAGAAGCUCCAAUGCAAGGAAAAUUAAUUCAUUCCUAUGCAAGCAAGAACCCUGCCUUGUCUAAUGUAUUUGUAAAUAGUGCUUUAAUAUACAUGUAUUCAAAAUGUGGAUAUGUUGCUGAUGCUUUUCAAGUUUUCGACAAAAUGCCAGAGAGGAACUUGGUUUCUUGGAAAUCCAUGGUCUUGGCUUAUGCAAGGAAUGGACAUGGUGGAGAGGCUCUGAAGCUCAUGCAUAGAAUGCAAGCUGAAGGUUUUGUGGUGGAUGAUUAUAUCCUUGCAACAGUUCUUACAGCCUGUGGAGGCAUUGAGCGUGGAGACAUUUGUUGGGAUAUCGAAUCUUCUUCUUAUUACUUGCAUUCCUAGUAAUCUUCCGCAAGAUAGGAGCAUCAAUGAACAUUGUACAUUAGUGAAUGUACCUAAUUAGAUGAAUAGCAGCCUAAUGGAUAAUGUAUACCCGGUAGAAGAGUAGGAUAGAGAAAGAUUUUGAGAAACAAUGUGCCACCAAAUAUUGGUGAGAGGCUUCUUUUGUUGUCUUUACAUGCCUCAAUGUAAAAAGAUUUAACAUGAUGAGAAAAAAAAAAAAAAAAAAAAAAUCUCUACCACUUCAUCACCAAACAGAUUUUCUAAGUGUGACAUCUUGAAAGACUUUAUUUAUGAUGAAGGAUGCUCAUGCUGCUCUCAAAAUAAGAAUCUGCAUGUGU